UCGCGGGUCCCGCUGCCAACCCGCUGCUGCCUCCCGGUCGCCAUAGCGACGCCGUCGCGCCGAGGCCCGCGCGGCCCGUGGAACCGGCAGAGCGGGCGACGCUUACAGGGAGCGCGCGGGACGGUCGGCGGCGCCGCGGCGGGACGAGUGGCCGUCUCAGCAUGGAGAGCGGUGGCGGUGCGGCGUCCACCCCCGGAACGCUGCCUUACUUCGUGGCCUUCUCCCAGCUGCUGGGCCUGACCGUGGUGGCCAUGACUGGCGCCUGGCUCGGCCUGUACCGGGGCGGCAUCGCCUGGGAGAGCACCCUGCAGUUCAACGUGCACCCGCUGUGCAUGGUCAUAGGCCUGGUCUUCCUGCAGGGGGACGCCCUGCUGGUUUACCGCGUCUUCAGGAAGGAGGCCAAACGCACAACCAAGGUGCUGCACGGGGUGCUGCACGUCUUUGCCCUCAUCAUCGCGCUGGUCGGCUUGGUGGCAGUGUUCGACUACCACAAGAAGAACGGCUACGCUGACCUGUACAGCCUGCACAGCUGGUGUGGGAUCCUCGUCUUUGUCCUUUACUUUGUGCAGUGGAUUGUGGGCUUCAGCUUCUUCCUGUUCCCUGGAGCCUCCUUUUCUCUGCGGAGUCGCUACCGCCCGCAGCACGUCUUCUUUGGCGCCACCAUCUUCCUGCUUUCCGUGGGCACCGCCCUGCUGGGCCUGAAGGAGGCGCUGCUGUUUAAGCUCGGGGCCGACUACAGCAAGUUCGAGCCCGAGGGCGUCUUGGCCAACACGCUGGGCUUGCUGCUGGUCUGCUUCGGCGGGGUCGUGCCCUACAUCCUGACGCGGGCCGAGUGGAAGCGGCCUUCCCAGGCUGAGGAACAGGCUCUCUCCAUGGACUUCAAGACGCUGACCGAGGGGGACAGCCCCAGCUCCCAGUGACGGCCUGCUCUGGUCCCUUGGAGGGGCCUGGCGGUGGGGGCCCCCUCGGUUCUGUGGGGGCUCUGAAGGUGUCUGUUUGCCCACCCCCUGCUGAGGCUGGCUGUCCUUGUCCUCAGGAUUGGUGGCUCCCUGGGGGGGGGCGCAGGCAGGGUGGGUGGGGAGUGCGGUGCAGCUGCGUCUGUUUUAGUGAUUUCCGGGUAGGGCUUAUCCUCUGCUUUCCCUUUGUCGCUGCUGCUGUGGACAGCCCCGCGGGUCGUGUGUAGGCCCCGUGUCCCUGUUGUCCCUCUGAUGCAGAAGGCUUCGGUGUCAGUCCUGGUCACAGAAGCGCAGACCCCGGUGAAGGCGCUGGAGACGGCUCUGCGCAGCGGCGGCGUCGUAGCCAAUGAGGUUUAUCCGAGGCGCGGUCAUUGCCAAUGGGACACUCUCCCGGUGCCCCGCCACGGCGACUGGCAGUACAGUCGGCACUGGCGGUCUUUGACGGUCCCUAUGGGGGGACUGAAUAAAAGAAAAAAAAAGAAGAAGAAAAAUAAAAAAAGGAGUUGGUGAGGGGCCCCACCCUCAGGCAGCAGAGGCCUGAGGCCAGGCCAGGACAGCUGUGGGGCCUCAGGGACAGGCUGGGAGAGCGGAGGCCGCCGCUCUGUGCACCGCUGCAUUCAAGCUGGGCGUCCUAGCUGAGUGACACGUGGUGCAGAUGGGCCCCGUCCUUGGCAGCAGCGCAAGUGAUACUAUGUGUAAAGUAUGUUGGUUCAGAGCAAGGUUCCCCAGGAGAGGGGAGGGACCGGCCCCUGGGAAGCACUGGAGAUGUGGCUUUGGCCUGCUGCAGCCUUUAACCCCCGAGCCCCAGGACAGCCCUGCUCGGGGAGGGGAUAGAGGCUGGUGACUCAGACGCACUUCCCCUUGGCAGAGGACGGCAGCCUGAACAGGAGGGUGCUCUGGACGGUGGGGGGUCUUGCAUCUCCCUCCUGCAGGGGCCCUGCUGCCCCACUUCUCAGCCUGGUCUCCUCUCCAAGCUGCCUUGGGCGCCGCUCAGGCUGGGAGGUGGAAGGCACAAACCUUUUUAUUAUUUUUGAAAUGAGAAGCUGCCACUGCUGCCUCCUUUUGAUAGAGCCACAGGGGCUGCUUGCGGCUGAGCCCCUCCUGCUGGCGCUGUCUGCUCUGUUCCCGAGCACAAGUCUCCUCUCUUACCUGGGGCCCCUCCGUGCAGGAAGUCAGGACUGAGUCAGAAUCAGACCCAUCCCCUGUGGUGUCUGGACAUCACUCCAACUCCAUGAAGUGUGUUGUUAGCUGAGUCAUGUGACUUCAGUUUAGAAAUAAUGUGAUUAGAGCAUUGAUCUUGUGCUUCUUAGAUUUGGCAAAUGCUUUCUCCUUGUUUUCCGGGCUUUGAAGAGCAUGACACAGUUUGAGACAGACACAGUUUACUUAAGUGAAGAAAUUAAUAAAUUUCCAAACCUGAGUACUGUUCUUUUAAUGGUUGCCUUUGUCUUUCCUAAAUGCUGCCUUAGGGAAACAGGCUAGUCUCCUUUAAUGGUCAGAUUUCUAAUAAUUGGCUUUUGCCAUGGGUUCUAUCUUGGUGAUGAUGACAGUGUCACUUCUGGGAGCAGGUGGCUGUGGUCCUGUCCCUUCCCCAGCGGGGGCUGCCCAGGCACCUCCCCCCAGUCCUUCCCACCUCCUCCCAGCUUGCCCGGAUGAUGGUGUUCACCUCCCAUUUAGAUUGUGCACUCUUUGAGGGCAGGGGCGCUAUCACCUCUUUCAUCACCUGGCGCAUACUUGUAUAGUCAAAUGUUUACAUGUGGGAAAACUCCACCUUAGACAAACUACCAAAGUACCAUUGUGUAUCUCUCUUGCCAGAGUGCUGCAUAGAGAAAUGGAACCUUAGUUUCGCAAUAAAAGUUUGUAAACUGGUCUGUUUGCCAAAGUGUAUUGCUAAGAAGCCAAAGAAGGCCCCCAAAAGCAGAUCUGUGGUGGUUUAUUUUAUUUUGCUUGUGGCCAAUCUUCUGUGAAGUGCAAUGUACUGUUGGUGCAACAGAUGAUUCAAUAAAUGUCUACAGCAGA